UCUUCUCGGAACGAAAUGCCAGGCGUGACGAUCAAACAGUGUUUUUCCUCUCUUCUGACGAUCCCCUGAAAGCUAGUGUAACGAUGUUUUUGUUUUAAAACGUGAACUAAACGUCCACUUAGGUUUACGGUCGACAGACAGUGUGUUUGUUAACGUGUCUACUGACUUUUGAAGUCCAAGUUAACGUAUUUAACUUUUUCAUGUAGCUGCGCCAACAAGUCUGGUAAAAAACGCACAUCCCUUUUCCCCCAUUGGUCUGCUGUGUUUUGCAACCUUUAACUUCGCAGCUCCAAUUUAACUUUUUUUUUGGUUGAACUCAACGUUUAUAUGUUUUCCUACCAGAACAAAUAACGAUGAACAAAGAGUCCAGACUGAAAGCAUCAAUAAACCAGAAGCUGACGGAAAUGGGAGAAAGAGAGAGACUAAAGGAGUUACUGAGAGCUAAACUCACCGAGUGUGGAUGGAAGGACCAAAUGAAAGCACAUUGCAGAGAGGUCAUCAGAGAAAAGGGUCUGGAGCAUGUCACAGUGGAGGACCUUGUUGUCGAGAUAACGCCUAAAGGAAGAGCCUCGGUGCCAGACAGCGUCAAGAAAGAGCUUCUACAGAGAAUCAGAGCUUUCUUGGCUCAGCAUGCCACAUAGUGAAGCCAUUUCAUCAAACCUCUUGCCAACACUGUUGUAAUACAGAGGGUUUUGUUAUUUUUGCAAUUUACUUGAAAAAAAAAUGUAUUUUCAUUAUCUUUUAUUUUUAGUGACCUACAGUGCUGACACAGUCUCGGCUCUUCCCAUUUCUUGUUUUCAUUUCUCCUCUGACUGCAGUUAUUAAAUAUUUUUGACGUAUUUAACAAGCACGGGUGGUCAUUUUUGGUAUAUGAUUUAUGGACCCCUCAUCACUGGACCCCCAGGGACGUCCUGCUGUGUCUUCAGCCAGGAUGCUGGCAGCAUUUGAGAAGUAAUUGUGAUAUUUUGCAUAUUUCAUUUAAUUUUUUUGCAGUUCAUAUUAAAGAAGAAAUUAGUUAAAGUUUCAGGGCUGAGAUUAAUGGGGAUUCAUUGAAUAAAGUGUUGUCAAAGUACA